AUGGCCAGCCUGGUGCACCAGACGGCGGCCCCGAUGCCGGCCGCGGCGGCGAUGGACGACGACUUCAUGCCGCAGAGCUUCGGGUGCUUCGGGCGGUCGCUGUCUCGGGCGUCGUCGGCCCGGCGGCUGGAGUACAGGGCGCUGAGCGGCGAGGGCGGGGAGGAGAUGAGGCGCAUCGCGCAGGAGGAGCGGUCGGCCAGGGCGAAGCUGCGGUGGAAGGCGGUGGCGCAGGAGAUCAUGGCCAGGAGGAGGGGCGGCGGCGGCGGAGGCGCGGCGCGGAGGAGGAAGGCGGGGUUCAGCUACGACUCCAAGAGCUACGCGCUCAACUUCGACCAAGGCGCCGCCGCCGAGUAG